AUGACAAACAUUCGUAAAACUCACCCUUUAAUCAAAAUUGUUAAUCACUCCUUUAUUGACUUACCUGCACCUUCCAACAUCUCCGCAUGAUGAAACUUUGGAUCCCUACUAGGUCUCUGCCUAGCCAUCCAAAUCCUCACUGGGUUAUUCCUAGCAAUACAUUAUACGUCUGAUACUAUAACAGCCUUUUCAUCAGUCACCCACAUCUGUCGAGAUGUUAAUUACGGCUGACUUAUCCGCUAUAUACAUGCUAAUGGUGCAUCCAUAUUUUUUAUCUGCCUUUUCCUUCAUGUAGGCCGAGGAUUAUACUAUGGCUCAUACACUUACUUUGAAACAUGAAACAUUGGAGUUAUCCUCCUAUUUGCAGUAAUAGCCACAGCUUUUAUAGGCUAUGUCCUUCCCUGAGGCCAAAUAUCAUUCUGAGGGGCAACCGUAAUUACCAAUCUUUUAUCUGCCAUCCCAUACAUCGGUACAACCCUAGUAGAGUGAAUUUGAGGUGGUUUCUCAGUAGACAAAGCUACCCUAACUCGAUUCUUCGCAUUCCAUUUUGUUCUUCCAUUUAUCAUCGCAGCUCUAGUCAUAGUCCACCUUCUUUUCCUUCAUGAAACUGGGUCAAACAACCCCUCAGGACUUAUUUCUGACUCAGACAAAAUCCCCUUUCACCCAUAUUACACUAUUAAAGACAUCCUCGGAGUCCUCCUUCUUAUUCUAGCUCUGAUAACCCUAGUCCUAUUUUCACCUGACCUUCUAGGAGAUCCUGAUAAUUACACACCCGCAAAUCCUUUAAGUACCCCACCUCAUAUUAAACCAGAAUGGUACUUCUUAUUUGCCUACGCCAUUCUACGAUCUAUUCCCAACAAACUAGGAGGCGUCCUAGCCUUAGUCUUCUCAAUCCUUAUUCUAAUACUCUUUCCACUGCUUCACUUAUCUAAACAACGUAGCAUGAUAUUCCGACCAUUAAGUCAAUGUAUAUUCUGAAUCCUAGUAGCAGACCUAUUUACAUUAACCUGAAUCGGAGGACAACCCGUUGAAUAUCCAUUUAUCAUUAUUGGCCAACUAGCAUCGGUCCUAUACUUCACCAUCAUUCUCUUAAUUCUACCAACCAUCAGCCUAAUUGAAAAUAAACUUCUUAAAUGAAGA